GGCGAAUUGUCAAAGAAUUGCAAUGGCCUGGCAGGCAUAGACUAAGUAACUUGAUGGUCGCAUUUAACAAAAAUAAAUAAUUCGGAAAGUUCGAGAGGAGAGCGAAAUAUAUCCCGCUGAUAUUCGCCAAAAUUAACAUCGGUUUACCAGGCGAGUAACAGCGGGAACGACAGCAACAGAAACGAAGCCAAACGGAAUCCAGAUUGACUAAAAACUUUUAAAAAAAAGUAAGCGAUUCAAAUUUUGCCUACUGUUGAAGGCGAAAAAAACCCUAUUCCUCACUAACAUUACAGCGCUCAACAGUGCUGUUCGGCACCUAAAAAAAAAAUAUAUUAUAAAAACGAAAAAUUUCCAAAUUUUUAAAAACCAAAUUAGAGACGUAUAAUUUUAAUCGCGAUUUCGGACUAAAUUUCCAUGUAUUUAUAGAAAAAAAAAAAAAAAAAAACCAAAAAUAAGAAAAAAGGCCAUUCCAUAUAAACGCGGCGAGCCAAUAAAAAAAACGGUUGUCAAGAAUUUGCUUAAGCCAGCUCGGGCCGAUGCUGCUGCUGAUUGCGUUGCGUGAGAAGAGAGCCCGUGAAAUGGAGAAGCGCGUCAAUUCCGGCAAUGGACGCUGCGGAAACGCGACUAUGCCGGCUGGUCCAGCGAAGAAAACCAACGCACAUGCUAAUAAGCUAAGCACCACCAAGGCCACAUCCAAACCGAGGAAUCUGCAACAGAAGAAAGCUAGCAAUGCAACAACUGCUGUUACUACUACUACUACUACUGCUACUACUACUACUACUACUGGAGCAGCAGUAGCAGCAGCAGCAGCAGUGGAUGGCAACUCGAGUCCAAAGUUAGCGGCCACAUUUCAAGGCAUGAGCGUAAACGUGCCGCCGACUGCGAGCAGAGGCAUGCACUCUUGGCCGCGCCAGGACGAGCAUACGAUGCAAACAACAACUGCAGCGAUUACAGCUGCACGCGCAAGAGCAGCAGUAGAUUUGGCCGCUUUGGCAGCCACAGCGACGGCAAACAUAGCGAAUAAUAAGCAAAAUAACAACAACAACUACAAUGGUAUUGUGAAAAUCCAAAAGCAUCCGCCAGUGUUGGGAAUAGGCGAACAAUAUGCAACAAUUGCGGCGAAUUACAGGACGAAGCCACGCAACAAAAGCGACGAGGCCAUCAACGAUCUGCUGCAGCGCAUACCGGACAUUGGGCAAAUAUUUGAUGUGCAGAGUAGAAUUGGCAACGGAACCUUUAGCACUGUGCUCCUGGCCACACUUAAGCGGGAAGCACAGUUACCGGAGAAUAUGCGGCGCAAGUUUGCUAUCAAGCAUCACAUACCCACCAGCCAUCCGGACCGCAUUAUGAAGGAGCUGCAGUGCAUGACUGACAUGGGAGGCACCGACAAUGUCGUUGGGAUCCACUGCUGCUUACGCUGUGAGGCAUCGGCGGCCUUUGUGAUGCCCUAUAUGCCACACGAUCGCUUCCAUGACUUCUACACAAAAAUGGAUGUGCCUGAGAUUCGCCUUUACAUGCGCAAUCUGCUGUUGGCCCUGCGCCAUGUGCACAAGUUCAACAUCAUCCACCGCGAUGUGAAGCCCAGCAAUUUUCUGUACAAUCGUCGUCAGGGCCAGUUUCUACUCGUUGACUUUGGGCUGGCACAGCAUGUCAAUGUUCCUGCCGGCCAUGCGCCCCAACAACAACAACAACAACAGCAACAGCAGCAGUAUCCGGCGCAGCAGCAGCAACUGGCAGCUAACAGCAAGCGUCCGCGCGAGCGUGAGCCACAUCCACAGCGUCAACAGCUGCAGCAGCAGCAACAGCUCUCUUCAGCUUCCCCAGAGGCUACACUCGGUGGUGGCGUCAAGCGCAUGCGCCUGAUUGAGGAGUCAAUCAACUGGAACAAGAUGCCGCUCAAGCCGGUCAACGAGAUAGCGCAGAGCGCCAAGGCUGCCGGAGAACUGAUGCUCAACGAUGGCAAACAGAGUUUGCCGGAGGGGAGUGGAGCGGCAGCAGCGGUUAUAUCAACCACCAACAGCACCAUACAGCCACAGCAGGGGCCAGCUGCUCAGCCGCAGCUGGUGCAGCAGGAGCCGCCAGUUGCUCACGCUAGCAGCGCCACUGGGACCAAGUACAAUACAAAUCGCACGACUGGCGGCGGCAAUAACUCGAAAUGUUUUUGCUUUGCGAAUCCCUCCGUUUGCAUAAAUUGCCUAACCAAGAAGGAGGUGCACGCCUCGCGAGCCGGCACUCCGGGCUACCGUCCGCCGGAGGUGCUGAUCAAGUAUGCGGAUCAGACGACAGCUGUGGAUAUCUGGGCAGCGGGCGUCAUCUUUCUCUCCAUACUGUCUGCCGUCUAUCCGUUCUUCAAGGCGCCCAACGAUUUUGUUGCUCUGGCUGAGAUUGUGACCAUCUUUGGGGACCGGGCCAUACGCAAGACGGCGCUGGCACUGGAGCGCAUGGUCACCCUCAGCCAGCGCUCAAAGCCAUUGAACCUACGCAAGCUCUGUCUGCGCUUCCGCAAUCGUUUGAUCUUCAGCGACCAGGAGAUGGUGCGCAAACACGAGUCGCCUGACGGCCGGAUCGAUGUGUGCAAGAACUGUGAUCAAUAUUUCUUCAAUUGCCUCUGCGAGGAUAGUGUCUACGUAACUGAGCCGCUGGACCCAUACGAAUGCUUUCCAGCGAGCGCCUAUGAUCUGCUGGGACGCUUGCUCGAAAUAAACCCCCACAAGCGUAUUACCGCCGAGCAGGCGCUCAAUCAUCCAUUCUUUACCAUGGAGCAUCAGACGCCUGAUCCGCCCGCACCAACUGUACCCCUUGCUCCUCCCGCUGCCGUUGCCGUUGCUCCUACCGCUGCCGUGGCUUCACCAUCGCUCAAGGCAACUAGCAAGCAACAGACGCGCAGGCGCGCUACGAAAAACGGGACGUCACAAAAUGUUGCGUCCAAUCCUGAGCAGCUACAACCAACUCUACACAAACUGUGAAAACUAGUCGAAACAGAACCCAUUUGUACAAAAUCCUCUGCAACUUAUGAUAGAUAUAUAUCUAUAGAUAUAUAUACAUUUUUUUUUUUUUUGCAUUGAAAUCCAGUGGUAAACAUAGUCGUAUAUAUAUGCAUAUAUACACUCACGCACGCACGGGCGUAUGCACACACACACACACAUACACAUACACACAGAAAAUUCUAACAUUAAAAACUAACGCCCUGCGCCCACACAAGCACACACAUACACACUGCCCCAGUAAUCAUCAUGGCUCCAUGCAUAUCAUCCAUAUACACACAGAGGAUUACAUAGCAACAAAAAAAAAAAAAAAAACAAGAAUAACAUUAAAAUUAAAAUUAGUCGCAAAACUUAAAAAAAAAAAAAUAGAAAAAACAAACAGAAUUAUUUAGUUAUAGAAACAAAACAAAAGAAAUUACAUACCUCAGCAUUUUUUUAGCUUUCCUUCAUUACAUAUACUCAAUAUCCAAAUCAAAAACCGUUCGAUUUUCGGCUAAAACCAAUUUUAUGUACACCAAAAAAUACAUACAUUAAAUCUACACUUAAUAUAAUUAAAAA